AAUAUUCCAUCAGCACAAGAGUGUUAGGAACUGCACAGAUGUAACGUUACUUACACUAUAAUAGGGUCAACGUAUCGAGUUUCCCGUAAGGCGAUAUAUUUCGAAUGGUGUUACACGGUUUUUUUUACAUUAAUAAUUCUCAAGCAACAGAUGUUUACCACUGACCAAACAGGGCGUCUAGCGUCGCCCCUUCUGGAUGUAGAAAAAACGGUUUGUGGAUCCUGCGCUGUUUGCAAACUGCACCUAAAUUCUUCAGCAGACUCCAGACUUCUGCCCUGCCUGCAUACAGUUUGUAAUACUUGCCUUACGAAGAUCUGCGCAAAUGGAGCCGCACAAGAUUGUCCAUUAUGUGCUCAGGCCUUUAGUUUGUCUGAGGUCACACAAUGUUCCCUUUUUGAAGAUGCAUCUAAUAAUAACAAGGACCCCAAGUGUGCCGGUUGCGAAGAGAGUGAGGUUAGUGGAUGGUGUGUCCAGUGUGAGGAGGCCCUGUGUUUGGACUGUAUGUCUGCCCAUCGUAGGGUAAAAGUGACCCGUGACCAUGAAGUCACACCCAAAAAACCACCCACAGGUUGGGUACAGAGAAGACGCUGUCCCUCACACACUCAGGAGAGCUUGAGGUUCUUCUGUCUUGUUUGUGAAGAGCUCACCUGUAAAGACUGUCAGCUGAUCACUCAUAAAGGCCACAGUUUUGUGCAGCAGGAGGAAGCUGUGGGAUCUCAAAGACAGCUAAUGCAGAGUUUGUUGGACUCCAUCAGACAUCAGAAAGUGAGAGUCAGCAGCAGCCUGCUACUCCUAGAGGCAAGAUUACAGGACAUUGAGGAUCUAAAAGUUGCUGCAAAGAAGAUGUUGAGACAAGUGGUCCACUCUAUUUAUCAGGCUCUGGUAGUGAAAGCUACGCAGGUCUUAAAGGAGAUAGAGGCCCUGUAUGCAGAGGAGGGAAAAUGUUUAUUGGAGAGGAAGACAUCUCUGAACAGGCUGGAAUGCUGUCAGGACUACAUAGUAGCUUUUAUUGACAAGAUCCUAAGCACAGAGGGCCAUUGCUUCCUAGUCCACAAAAAAAGAAUUGAGACCCAGGUGAAAAAGCUUCUGUCCCAGGAGACAUGCACCCCUGAGACCAUGAUUAAACUGCAUGUUCAGCUUCAAAAUGAUAUCUGUCAGCACAUCUUAAAACUUGGAUUUAUGAAGAUUAAAAAGAUUCCUGUUCCUUUAACCUCUCUGAGAACUGGUUCUACUCAGUCAAAGGUGGAAAGCUUAAAUCCCAAUUCUGUAGUAACUGCCAUGUAUGUUCAUCCUACACAGGCCUCAUCAAAUGUUGAUGCACAGGUUCAGGGUGAAUGUGUUGUUAACGGUCCUCCAACUCAGCCCAGCCAGCCGUCUCAGUCUAACCAGGCCACAGCCCACUCUGCAUCCCAACUAAAUCAAUCUAAACUUCCCUCUUCAGGACUUCAGAGAUCAUUUUCUUCCUCACCACAGUCUGUCCAAGUCCUGUCCCAGGGUCUCAAUCCUGGGCAGUCCAUGCAUGAAAACAGUCCCUCAUCACAUUGUGUCCCAUAUUUUCUUCCGUCUGCUCACAAAACUCAAACAAAUCCUCAUCCAUCUUCUAAUUUUCAGCCUCGUCUUCCAGUCUCAAACUAUACCGCGUCUCAAAUAAACAAUAAUUCCAAUUUAUCCAAGAGUAGGAAGACCUCGACCUUACACUAUUACCCUUCCAUCGCCCACCCAAUGCCAGUUAAAAACCAAACACCUGUACCAACUCAUCCAGCACCAGUCAACAUCCAAAAUCCCAUCCUUACAACCCUACUGACUCAUCAAAAACCAGGCAACAACCAAACAACGGUACCAACUGAUCCAAUACCAGCCAACAGCCAAACACGGGUGCAAACUCAACCAAUACCAGCCAACAGCCAAACACCGGUACAAACUCAUCCAAUACCAGCCAACAGCCAAACACGGGUACAAACUCAUCCAAUACCAGCCAUCAACCAAACACCCAUACUAACCCAUCCAAUACUACUCAACAACCAAACACCUGUACUAACCCACCCAGUUUCAAACUUGCCAGCUGACACCCAAACACUUAUACUGACCUAUCCAAUACAAACCAGUUUCCUGGGACCGGUGCAUUCUUUUGCAGCACAACCAAAUGUUCCUUUAGGUGUUCUUUCUACCAUAAACCCUCAUUCUUUAAAUGAUGUGACUGCAAUCUCUAAUGUCCACUCUGCUGAAUCCUCCAAUUGUGGGAUAAGUCAUUGUGCACAGAGUACCACCAGUCCAACCUUUACUGCCAUCCAAAGCACAACUAGUUUGUCGUCACUUCCUGUAAACCCAAUAAGUUCUGCUCCCAUUAGUGGCAGCAACACCUUCAAUUAUGCCAACCUCCUCAAGGCUUUGGCUGACUCCGUCUGUGAUCAGGACGCAGGUGUGAGCAGCACGAAUUUCACUUAUACGGAUCAUUCAGAGAGAAACUUGCCUACUUCCACUAUGUCAGAGACAGAUCCCAAAGAAUCUUCACCAGAUCCUACCCAUUCCUCUGGCCCACCCAAACCUCACCAGGACUCUCUCUCCACCACCACCACAGGGAAAUAUUCAAGACAAGCUCAAGCCGAUCAGUCAUCCACAAAGAGCAACUAUAGACUAAAACACUGGAGCGUUGGCAUGCCAACAACUUUUCGUCAGCUUGUAGAAACAUGCACACCUAUCAGCUCAAUAGACAAUCAGAACACCACAGCUCCAGCGAAUUCAACCCCAUGUGGCACAUCAGAGGACCUUGCAUUGGAGAGGGUGACAUGUGACAAGACUGUCCAAAGGGAUUUUGACCACACAAAGGAAAAAGAGGAAGAAAAAGAAUCUGCAGUGCUGUUGGAACAAUUCAAGAAACAAUUCAAGAGGUUUCCACGUGUAUCUCUGGUGCGUCUGCCCAUUUCUGUGCUUCCAUGUGGGCAGCCACUCCCGGAGUUCCACCUUACUACAGAUAUCUCUAGAGACCGCAUCAUAGUCCAGGAAUCUCAGGGAGGACAGAUUAAGCAGGUGUGGAGAUGGCAUGAAGAUCCAAUACCAUCUAGAGCCUCUUCCUGCUCUAUAUUGCAAAGCAGCAACAGCUCCCCGGCCUCUGACGUACAAUUCUGUGCAGUGUGUCAAUCUGCGGGAGCUGCUCUUCUGUGUGUGAAAUGUGGAUGUGCUUUUCACUCCGAUUGUCACAUCCCGCCAAUCCUCACAAAAUCUUGUGAGGAUUGGGUGUGUUUGCUGUGUGAGGAUGUAAAUGAGACCGUGUAUGGCAGUGAGGAGAUGAUGACGUCCAGUCUGAGUCUACAAGAUCAAAGAAAGUGUGAGAAGCUUCUCCUUAGUCUCCUGUGUGAUGAGAACAGAUGCCUGCUCUACAGCGUCACCAAGACUCACUCAAAAACCGCAGAAUUCGAUAUUAUACUCGGCCGAAUCCUGGGGACAAGGAAGCCUCCUUAUCGGACUGCUGCUGAACUGGUGUCAGAUAUUUGGACUCUUUUUGACAUCUUGAUGAUGAAAUCAGAGAGGAAAAACAUGAUCGUCAAACUUCAAGAAUCUUUCCAGCAACGGCUGAAUGAAACUUUUGGGAAGAGCCUUCAUGCUUCUCUCCUGAAAUACUCAAGCAGUGAGGAUCCAAGAAGUUCUUCAGAGACAGAGACUCAAAAAGAGAAGCACAGAAACACUUUGAAACGCAUGCGGGAGUUUUUCAUGGAAAACUGUGGUAUAACACCAAAGAAAUCCUGCGCUGAUAAAGGCAAGGAGAGAGAUGGCUGUGGGAACACUACAGCUGGUGAACAUUGAAGUGUCCACGUCAUUGCUUUUGAAACCACACAUUUAUAUAACUCUCUAUUUAUUGUAGUACUGUAGUUUGUUUAUUUACCUUUGCCUUGAAGUAAAAUGUCUAUCAAACAGA